UCAGUUCAGGACCUCCUGCUGUCUGUCAGCUGAGACCACAGAAACAGAAGUUCGGAUCUCUGACAAGAAUGACUGUUGGAGAAAAAAAUCCAAACAAGACAAACAGAACCAUCUUACUGGUGGGAGAAACAGGAGCAGGAAAAUCCACACUGAUCAACGCUCUGGUCAACUACACCAUGGGAGUGAAGUGGGAGGAUGGAGUCUGGUUUACGAUGGUAGAGGAGGAGGAGAAGAAGAGUCAAUCAGAAGGACAGACAGAAAGUCAAUCAGAAGGACAGACAGAAAGUCAGACAUCAGAUGUGAUGGUGUACGAGCUCUUUGGUUUUGAAGGUGAAACUCUGCCCUAUUCUUUGACCAUCAUCGAUACUCCUGGUUAUAGAGACACCAGAGGGAUCGAACAUGAUGACAUCAUCAGUCACAGAUUGUUGGACUUGUUUGGAUCAGAUGAUGGAGUCCAUGAAGUUCAUGCAGUGGGUCUGGUGAUGAAGGCGAGUGAAAAUCGACUGGGUGACCGACUGCUGUAUGUCUUUGAUUCAGUGAUGUCUCUGUUUGGAAAAAACAUGGAAAAAAACAUUGUAGCUCUGAUCACACACUCAAAUGGAAGCAGACCUGAAAACCCUCUUCAAGCUCUUGAAGUUGGAAAUAUUAAAUGUGCCAAAAAAGGGAAGAAGCAGCCAGUUUACUUCCUGUUUGAUAACUGCCAGCAUGAAGAGCGAAUGGAGGAAAACACAAUUUCAAAAAAUACAUGGGAACUCACACAGAAAAACAUGGAUCAGUUCACAGACUUCUUAGAAAAAUCUAGUCCUCAAAAACUGAUGACAACAGUUGAAGUGUUAAAUGAACGGAUAAGACUGAAAGCCUCCAUCCAAAACCUGAAAGAGAGGAUAGAGUUUAUUGACCUGAAACAGACAGAAAUCAGACAGAUUCAAGAAGCUCUGAAGAUCCAAGAAAUUAUAAAUAAACAUGAAGUAGAGAUGAAGAAAAUUAAGGAAUUCACUGUAGAAGUUGAUGAGCCCUAUAAAGAUAAACAACCUAUUGAUG